GAUUCAGGAGAUAAACCCGGCCCCGCAAACUUUAAAAUUGCAACCUCCACCACACAACAUCCACCUCCGGCAACAACCAAGUCAACGCCUUCCGAAAUGGUGCUGCAGUGCCGGUCAAUGCUUCGGUAUCUGCCUCUUGAGCUAUGGGCCGCGGUCUUUCGCUUGGUAAACGAAAUUGAUCUAUGGAAGUCGUGUUACAAGGUUCCAGAGUGGCAAUGCGAAGCGGGACGCGAGAUUGGGAGAAGAAUGGAGUUCCAGUGGGGAUGGGACGUCCAGGAUGGGCGGAAGUGUUGCCGGGGCUCAUUUGAGCCUACCGGAACAGUGCGGUUUUCGGAAGACAAAGCUCGAAUACAUAUCUGCCUUGCCUCCCAGGCCUAUGUUUGGUUCUCUGCGGACAGCUCAAAUCUCGAGGAACGCGACAUAGCGGAUUUCGACCCGGAUGUUAAGAACUGGGAUGAGAGACUUAGAAGACGUGUGAGCAAGGCACUUGAUUUUCGGAACCGAUGCAUCACUAUCGGGGGCUACGCGAACAAGAUCGAAAUUCCCGAUAUGGAGCUUGAUGUCGGGGAUAAAGAGUUAUGGUUAUCCUUCCGCUGGGAGGGAUUCCUCACCGCGUUUUUCGCUGACGCAAAGAAAUGGGAGAGGUUUCAACACCAACGAGGCAUGCGUUCAGGCACCGCAGCGGCAGGCACCGAAAAUGAAGUCACCAGCUUAGCUAGCACCAACACCAUCAUCAGUGAGUCGACCACCUUGGUACGGAUGGCGCCAAACACUCUAAUCCGGUUGCGAAACCAGCCAGCACCAACGAGCCGCACACCCAGGCUGCCAUCGCUGACACUCCAGAGCCAGGUGGUAGACGGAGCCCACAAACAGUAACAGUUUUCUUUUCAAAAGGAGGCCCUACGUCGUCCUCAACAACCCAGCUCAGCAGGACCAGAACGAAACGGGCUAGUGUCGCUACCGAGG